GAAGGGGACAGUUAACAGCACAGUUAACCAAAACCCAGGCUCACCUGGGCACCAUGGGCAUCUCCCACUGCAUCAUUCAGGACCUGAGGUUCCUACGUGCCUUUUUUGGUCUUUUCAGCAAGCUAAUGGAAACCGAUUCUGUAUCUUCAAGGCAAGAUGAUGAGGUUUUAGAGUUCUCCAGACUAGUAACAACAGAGAAUUGAUACAGCUCUAUGGCAGCCAAAUGCCAGCGCAUCUCUACGUUUCAACUUUACCGUUAGCCUCAGGGUAACUGCACGUCAGGAUGGCGACUCCAAACCUGGAGAACCAGCUGCAGAGUGCCCAGAAGAACCUGCUGUUUCUGCAGCGAGAGCAUGCCAACACGCUGAAAGGCCUGCACGCUGAGAUCCGCCGCCUGCAGCAGCACUGCACAGAUUUAACCUAUGAGCUGACUGUAAAGAGUACGGACUUGUCAGGAAAAGGUAGUUCAAGAAGUGACGAACUCAAAAGAAAGUGCGAAGAUCUUGAAGCCCAGCUGAAAGUCAAAGAGGCUGAAAAUAAUGAAUUACUGAAAGAUCUUGAGCAAAAGAAUGCGAUGAUAAUGGUGCUGGAAAACACUAUUAAAGAAAGAGAAAAGAAGUAUUUGGAAGAGUUGAAAAUGAAAAGCCAUAAGCUCAACAUGUUGUCGAGUGAACUAGAGCAGAGAGCGAGCACUAUUGCCUAUUUAACUUCUCAGCUGCAUGCCACGAAGAAGAAGCUGCUGAGCUCCAGUGGGACUUUGGAGGGGACCCCUUCUGGCAGUCCCGUGCUGUCCAGCUAUAAGCCGUCCCCUCCCAAGGAUAAACUGCCGGAGACUCCGCGGCGCAGGAUGAAGAAGAGUCUGUCAACGCCGCUCAACCCCGAGUUUGAAGAGGCCUACAGAAUAGGGUCGGAUAGCCGCAAGCUGCUGCUGAGAGAGCCUGUGGAUGCCAUGCCUGACCCCACGCCGUUUCUCUUGGCCAGGGAGACGGCAGAGGUACAUCUCGUUAAGGAGAGGCCGUUAGUUAUUCCACCGAUCGCUUCCGAUCGUGCGUCCGGUGAAUCGCACAGCCCGGCCCGGGAGAAGCCGCACAAGGCACACAUCGGGGUGGCGCAUCGGAUCCACCACGUCGCGCCGUCCCAGCCGCAGCCGGAGGUGGAAACGCUGGCAGUGGAUCAGGUCCACGGAGGCAAAGUGGUCAGAAAGCACUCAGGGACAGACAGAACUGUUUGA